AUGUCAGUGCCGCUGCUCAAGAUCGGGGCCGUGCUGAGCACCAUGGCCAUGGUCACCAACUGGAUGUCGCAGACGCUGCCCUCGCUCGUGGGGCUCAACGGCACCGUGUCCCGUGCGGCGGGAGGUGGAACAUGUGACUCGACCUUGGGGUUACUCCCCACUGACCCGGAGGAAGGCUGGCAGCUGUAUACCUCAGCCCAGGCCCCCGACGGGAAAUGCAUCUGCACGGCUGUGAUCCCGGCACAGAGCACCUGCUCCCGCGAUGGCCGGAGCCGGGAAUUGCGGCAGCUGAUGGAGAAGGUCCAGAACGUCUCCCAGUCCAUGGAGGUCCUUGAGUUGCGGACGUACCGUGACCUCCAGUACGUGCGCAGCAUGGAGACCCUCAUGCGAAGCCUGGACGCACGACUCCGGGCGGCUGAUGGGUCCCUCUCAGCCAAGAGCUUCCAGGAGCUGAAGGACAGGAUGUCGGAGCUGUUGCCCUUGAGCUCAGUCCUGGAGCAGUACAAGGCGGACACUCGCACCAUCCUGCACCUGCGGGAGGAGGUGAGGAAUCUCUCCAGCAGCCUUGCAGCCAUCCAGGAGGAGAUGGGCGCCUACGGGUACGAGGACCUGCAGCAGCGGGUGAUGGCCCUGGAGGCCCGGCUCCAUGCCUGCGCCCAGAAGCUGGGCUGUGGGAAGCUGACUGGGGUCAGUAACCCCAUCACCAUUCGGGCCAUGGGGUCCCGCUUUGGCUCCUGGAUGACUGACACGAUGGCCCCCAGUGCGGAUAGCCGGGUCUGGUACAUGGAUGGCUAUUACAAGGGCCGGCGGGUCCUGGAGUUCCGCACUCUGGGGGACUUCAUCAAGGGCCAGAACUUUAUCCAGCACCUGCUGCCGCAGCCGUGGGCAGGCACCGGCCACGUGGUGUACAACGGCUCCCUGUUCUACAACAAGUACCAGAGCAACGUGGUAGUCAAGUACCACUUCCGCUCGCGCUCCGUCCUGGUGCAGAGGAGCCUCCCGGGGGCCGGCUACAACAACACCUUCCCCUACUCCUGGGGCGGCUUCUCGGACAUGGACUUCAUGGUGGACGAGAGCGGGCUCUGGGCCGUGUACACCACCAACCAGAACGCGGGCAACAUCGUGGUCAGCCGGCUGGACCCGCACACCCUCGAGGUCGUGCGCUCCUGGGACACCGGCUACCCCAAGCGCAGCGCCGGGGAGGCCUUCAUGAUCUGCGGCGUGCUCUACGUGACCAACUCGCACCUGGCCGGGGCCAAGGUCUACUUCGCCUACUUCACCAACACGUCCAGUUACGAGUACACGGACGUGCCCUUCCACAACCAGUACUCCCAUAUCUCCAUGCUGGAUUACAACCCCCGGGAGCGGGCCCUCUACACCUGGAACAACGGCCACCAGGUGCUCUACAACGUCACCCUCUUCCACGUCAUCAGCACCGCGGGGGACCCCUAGCGGCUGCGGGAGCUCAGGCUGCCGCCCGAGGGCCGCGGGGGGCGGGGCGGGGGGGGCCCUUCGACUCCGCCCGCCUGGGGCCCUUUCGCUUUCUGUCUCUGUCGGGCCCUCUCUCUCCCCUCUCCUGUCCGUUUUUUUCUCUCCCUCCCUUUUUGCCGGGCUUUCCUUCUCUGCCCCUGUAUUUCUACUAGUGCAUUCUCUCUGUGUCUUUUCUCCUCUGUCGGUCUCUGAUUUUGAUACUUCACUCUUUCGGCCUUUUUAUUGAUGUCCCUCUGUCUCUGUCUUUUCAUGGAUCUGACUCUCCAGUUCUUUCCCUGUCUGCCACUCAGUCUCUCUCUUCUCUCCUUCCGCUCCCUCCUUGCUUCCCACCCAUCUCCCCAGACCCUCCCUCCAAGCCCCCUCCUCCCCUUCAAGGAGUUGAGUGCAUGGAUCGGUUUCUUUUUUUUAUUUACACUCUUUCUUUUCAGGUUGCUGGAA